AUGGCAAACAUUACUGCAAACGAGUUAUUUGAAAAGAUUAUUAAUGAAGGAAGCCAAAUUAUAAACAAACAUGAUUUUAGUUCAUUUAGCAAUCUUAAGAGAAUUAGUAAUGUUAUUAACAAUAAAGCUAUUACCAAUGAAAUUAUUAACAAUCAAACUAUUACCAAUGAAAUUAUUAACAAUGAAACUACAAAUGAAACAACUACAAAUGAAACAACUACAAAUGAAACAACUACAAAUGAAACAACUACAAAUGAAACAACUACAAAUGAAAUAACUACAAAUGAAACAUCUCCAAAUGAAACAUCUCCAAAUGAAACAUCCAUUAGAGCAUUUAUUAAUGAGAAACUUCGACUUUCUUUAACUGAUGACAAAAAUAUUUCUGAUAAAGAAUGGAUUAAGUGUAAAAUCAAUGAAGGACUGAUUACCGAAUAUAAGAUUGAUAAAUUUAUUGAAUUUAAAAUGAUUGGCAAUGGAGCUUUUAGUAUGGUUUAUAAAGCAAUAUUAAAAAGUACAAAUAAUACGUAUGCGCUAAAAAUAAUUCAUAACAAUGAGCAUACUGAUAAAGAAAUUGUGAAUGAAAUAAAACAUAUAAUUUCUGUGGGAUUUCAUGAGAACAUUAUUAAGUUUUAUGGUGUUUCUAAAUACAAAGAUCAAAUGGAUCCAAAUGUUGUUAAAAAUCAUCCAAGUAAUGUACUUGUUCAUCAGCAAUCUUUAAAAUUGGCUGAUUUUGGAUUAUCAAGACGUAUUUCUGAAUCCUCAGAGUCUAGAACCACGAAAGAAAUUUUCGGAGUUAUACCAUAUAUUGAUCCCCAAUGUUUUUUGGUAAAAAGCACACAAAAUGACACAGCAACACUCCCAUUAAGGUUAAGAGACGGACUAAGAGAGGAGCCAAUUGCUAAUACACAUCAUAAAUAUGUUGCUAUUUAUGAGAAGUGUUGGCAGGGCAUGCAAGAUGAUCGACCAUCUAUCCAAGAAGUAGCGAUGGAACUAAAAGAUAUUAUCAUUCAAGACAUUGAUGUUCAAGAUAUUAAUAUUCAAGACAUCUCAAAAAUCGAAAAUUUUGAUAUUUUUGAUAUUAAUAGUUUUGAAAAAUACCUUGAUUCUGUCUUUAACAAAUCAAUAAAUCAAGAAAACGAGCAAGAAGCUCAAGAAACUAAUAAAUUGAAAGAUGACAUGUCCCUUUUUGUUGAUAAAUUAUAUAUGACUUUUGAUAAAUUAUUUAACGAAGGUAGACCUGUCAGUGAUAUAAUUAUCAAUUCCAUAUCUAAAGAUGGUAAAACUAAUGAAGAAGUUUUUAAUUGGUUAUCUACUCAUGACGAUAUUCCAAAGUAUAUUUGUCUACUUGGAUUAUUUUAUAGUUGGGAAAUUGGCACAAAAAAUGAAGAUGUCGAUGUAUUUAAACUAUUUCUUAAGGCAGCAAAUUCAAGGGAUAUUAUUGCUCAAUAUUUUGUUGGACGAUGUUAUGAAACUGGUUGGAACAUCAAAAAGAAUAUGAAGCAGGCAAUUGAAUGGUAUACCAAGGCGAGCAAAGGUGGAUGCGCAAUCGCGGAAUGUAUGCUUGGCGAAUAUUUUUAUAAACUUAAUAAAUAUGAACAAGCAUUUAACUUGCUCAAAAGUGCGGCUAGGAAAGGAAACGCAUUAGCGAAGAAUACAUUAGGAAUAUGUUACCAAAAAGGUUACGGAACGAAUGUUGAUAAGGCUAAAGGAUUUAAGUCAUUUAAAGAAGCAGCUGAGAUGGGUCUACCUGCUUCACAAUAUGAACUUGGCGAUUGUUAUGAGUACGGUAAUGGGACAAAAAUAAAUUUGGAAAAAUCAUUAUAUUGGUAUAAAAAGGCUUCAGAAAAAAAUCUUAAUUACCGGAUUCAUGUAAAUCGUGUCAAAAAUAGAUUAAAUAAACAACAAAAAUACGUUAAAUAG